AUGCCACGUUCUUUUCGUACAGAUGAACUUGAAUUUGACCCAGAGAUCGAGAAGACCGCUCGUAGACUCCGAAAAGAAACCAAACAACACAAGAAAGAGGCUUCUACUUCUUCCAAACCAGCAGCAGACUCUGAGUUAGACGUGUCCACGUCUAACAACUCUAAAGACGAAGUCAUGGCUCAAAAUCUGGAACGAACGAUCAAAGAGAUGACUUCCUUUGACUUAAAUCAACAACCAUUGUACGUUGAAUAUCCUAAUUUAAAUGCUGAUUUUGAACUUAAAUCUGGCCUAAUUCAUUUACUUCCUACUUUUCGUGGCCUUGCAGGUGAAGACCCAUACAAACACCUCAAACAAUUUCAUGUGGUGUGUUCCGGCAUGAGACCUCAAGGAGUCACUGAAGAACAAGUCAAGUUAAGGGCCUUUCCAUUCACAUUGGGCGACAAAGCAAAAGAUUGGUUCUACUCUUUACCUUCGGGAUCUAUUGUUAGUUGGAACGAGCUCAAGAAACUAUUUCUUGAGAACUACUUCCCCGCUUCAAGGACUACAAACAUCCGGAAGAAAAUAAGUGGAAUGUGUCAAUUCUCCAGUGAAAGAUUGUCUGAGGCAAAUAGAAGCUUGGUGGAUGCAUCUAGUGGAGGUGCUUUGUAUGACAAAACUCCUACCGAAGCACGCAAACUAAUCACAACCAUGGCGGCCAAUAAUCAACAAUUCGGUAGUAGAAACGACAGCUCCCCACAAAGGGUAAACGAGGUAAGUACUUCUAUUGAUGAACGUUUAGAUAAACUUACUUUUCUUGUUGAAAACUUUAUAGGGGAAGCAUUCAACAAGUCAAGACUUGUGGGAUAUGUACAUCUUUGGGUCAUUGCACCGACGCUUGUGCUACACUUCAAGAAGAAUCAACCCGAACAUGCUAACGCCGUCGGUGGAAUUUUUGGGCAACAACAAAGGAGACAUGACCCAUUUUCCAAUACCUAUAACCCUGGAUGGAGAGAUCACCCAAAUUUGAGGUAUGACAAUCAACGUCAAAACUUUCAAAGAGUUCCACAACAACAACCACCACCACCACCACCUCAAACCAAUCCCAAUAAUGGUAUGUCCCUAGAGGAUAUCGUGAAGACACUCGCCUUGAACACCCAACAGUUCCAACAAGAAACUCACAAGUUCCAACAAGAAACCCGCUCGAGCAUACAAAAUUUAGAAUCCCAAAUGAGCCAACUAGCCUCCUCCGUCAGCCGCUUGGAGUCUCAAGGUAAGUUUUCCUCCCAAACUAUUAUUAAUCCUAACCAAAACGUUAGUGCUAUUACCUUGUGCAGUGGAAAAGAGCUACAACUCGAAAAUGGCACUAGGCGUGGGUAUGCACAGCAGGACAAAACAGAGGAUGCACUCGAAAUUCUUCCAAAACAAGCUGAAAAAUCCAACCUAGUCAGUGAGGAAAGUCCCAAGGUGUUCAUACCCAAACCUCCCUUUCCGGAGAGAUUUGCCAAGUCCAAAGAGGAGGAAGAGGAGGAAGAGGAGAAGGAUAUACUUGAAACAUUACUCAACGUUGAGCUAAAUAUUCUCUUGCUCGAUGCAAUUAAACAAAUACCUCGCUAUGCAAAGUUUCUCAAGGAGUUGUGCGCCAACAAAUCCAAAUUGAGAGAUAAUGAAAGGGUAAGUAUGGGAGAAAAUGUAUCUGCCAUUUUUCAAAGAAAACUACCUCCUAAAUGCAAUGAUCCAGGGGUCGUUCUUCAACUCGCCGAUCAUUCCGUAGUUUACCCCAAAGGAGUUCUUGAGGAUGUUCUUGUGCAAGUUAAUGAAUUGUCAGUAGGGCAUCUGGUGACUGGUCUGAUGGAGAAAGCUGUGGAAAAACUAGGUAAGACUCUGGUGUUAACAGAAGUGGAAGAAGAUGAGUUGAUUAUUCAACAAGGGGACUAA